AAUCGUGUCUAUUUCAAGAUAUGCAAUUCCACGGCUGGAAUGGAAUGGGUCUUGACUAAGCAUUCUACAAGAAAUAGGUUGGAGUAUAAAACCAGUAAUUCAAGGCAGCUUCAACGGUACUUUCCCGGAGCUCGAAGGACAGUCAAGGCUAUUUGAACAAGACUCACAUUUACUCGCCAAAGUGUACUGAUGGGAAUCAAUACUUGGCCGGAUGAUGCCUCUAAACCUUUUCUGGUGGUCCUUAUAGUGACGAGCGGUCUCUUGAAUCUCCCUCAAGCCGCGGGCAUGAACUGCAACACUAAACUGACUAUAAUACCUGAUGUAGAGAUUUCCAUAAAUCCACCAAGGCAAGAAUUAUCCGUAGGUACAGCGGUAAACCUGACCUGUACGGCGCAGCCCAGAAGUAUUGAUGCAGGAUAUUACGAUCGAUGGACCGAGUAUAUUCAGUGGUACGAUCCACAGGACAAGCCAGCUGGAUACAGAUGUGUACAGGGUAGACACAUGGUGUUAAAACAUAGAUGCACAUUAAUGAUCGAAAAACUGACGGCAGAUCAACUUGGAAGCUACACGUGUGAAGCAGGAAAUGGUUAUCGUGCCCACUGCAGGAGAGAAUCAGUCGAAAUUCGUCCUGAAGGAGCCCAAAACAUUCAAAUUAUUGAAUAUCCAAAGAACCAAAGUGCUUUUAUCAAUUCCAGCGUAACUUUCAAUUGCACUGCCACCGGUCAUCCCAGGCCAACCAUCUCUUGGGUGAAGAACGAUGAUCCAUAUGCUUUACAAACCAACCCAAGGGUAGAGGAGAAGGUUAUUUUGUUAGACAACAAAACCGUUCGCAGUCAGCUCUUGUUAAAAGGAACUAAGAUGGAAGACAUUGGCAAAUACAACUGCGUGGCUAAUAACAGCGCUGGAGAAAGGGUAUCAAGAGUGUCUUCCUUAUUCACAGAGGAUUUAGACCUCCAACCUAUUCAAAAUGUGGAAGAUCCCACGAACCAAAGCGCUGUUGUCAGUUUUACUGUAACUUUAAUCUGCACCGCCAAGAUUCAUCCCAAGCCAAGCAUCUCACGUGAAGGGGGCAAUGAUCGGCAUUCAACGCAAUCCACCCCAGGGACCAACUUCCACCCAUCAGGCACUCAAACUGUAACUCAAGUUGUUGAAGAUCGGUGGAAUCUAAGUGUUGUCAUCGGUUCUGACGUUACUUUGAAUUGUAUUACCACUGGUCAUCCUCAGUCAACCGUCAGGUGGAUCAAGAACAACAAUUCAUAUGAUGUCCAAUCUACUUCAAAGACAAUGAUCACUCGAGAUCGACGUGACCAAACCACUCAUUACCAACUGUUUAUAGAAAAAGUGAAGAAGGAGGAUGGGGGCAAAUAUCAAUGUGCUGCAAGUAACAUAGCAGGGGAAAAAGCAUCAAUCGAGGUCAACUUACAUGUCAAUGAUUUAGAUCUGAAAUCUGAAUCACAAACACUGGCAAGAAGGACUGGAUUGUCAAUUUUUCAGCUGACUGCGAUCGCUUUCGUGGUAUCUGCAUCUGUUUUUGCAGUUGGUGCAUUUUUGUGGGAUCGACGUCUUUUAAAGAUCAGCAAGUCGAUAUCCAUGAGCCUCCUCCGAAAGUCAGAGAGACAAUCAUUGGUCUAAUUGUACUGGCAAGCGAGGGGUGCGGCUACCGCCUCUCUGUUGGGAGAAAGAAAAGGAAAUCCAGUCUGACACGAAUAAAACAGCUCUGCAUAUAGUUAUAGGAAGACGACCAGAAGCGUUUGAAGCGUUAGUUUUUACAACCCACUAAAUCAAAUGAGUCACACAAAUGACAGAAUAAAUUUUGCAAACGACCAAAUCAGUGCGUUACGCCUUUGACCCCUAAGAGUGACUUGCAUCUUAA